UCAAUGAUUUUCGAACCCAGCGAAUCACGCUCGAAAGAGCGACAAUUUAAACCACAGUGAAGAAUCAGGAUCAUAUCGAGCUCGCUUGAGUGUAAUCAAUCAGUUUGUUCAUCGAGUCGCAGCAGCAACCUCCCAAAAAUGGCUCUUCGUGUCACAAGGAACACCCGUCUGGCCAGCAGCGAGAAUCAGGGCGCUCUGCCCGGGAAAGCAGCGGUCGCGAACAAGCCCGGACUCAGACCUCGGGCCGCGCUGGGGGAGAUCGGCAACAAUCCACAGACACGACAGGCUUUGAGGAAGAAGGAAGUGAAGGUUGCACCCAAGGUGGAGGCUGUGGCUGAGAAGGCACCUGUGGUUCAACAACCUAAAAAGGAGUCUCCUAAAGUUCAGCAUGAUGUCCAGAUUUUGUCCGAGCCCUCGUCUCCUGUUCCCAUGGAGACCUCUGGCUGUGCUUCGGAUGAUCUGUGUCAGGCGUUCUCUGAUGUUAUGCUCAAUAUCAAGGACGUGGAUGCAGAUGACUAUGAUAAUCCCAUGCUUUGCAGUGAAUAUGUCAAGGACAUCUAUUUGUAUCUCCGUCAGCUUGAGAUUGAGCAAGCUGUUAGGCCAAAGUAUCUGGAAGGAAGUGAAGUUACAGGAAAUAUGCGUGCAAUUCUCAUUGACUGGCUUGUACAAGUCCAAAUUAAGUUUAAGCUGCUUCAGGAGACCAUGUACAUGACUGUUGCAGUCAUUGAUCGCUUUCUUCAGGAUCAUCCAGUUCCAAAGAAGCAGCUCCAGCUUGUUGGUGUAACAGCCAUGUUCAUUGCCUCAAAGUAUGAAGAGAUGUACCCACCAGAGAUUGCAGACUUUGCUUUUGUGACUGACCGUGCCUACACUACUGGUCAGAUCCGUGAUAUGGAGAUGAAAAUCCUCAGAGUCCUCGACUUCAGUUUUGGGAAACCUCUGCCACUACAGUUCCUCAGGAGAGCCUCCAAGAUUGGAGACGUUACUGCAGAGCAUCACACACUGGCCAAGUACUUCCUGGAGCUCACCAUGGUCGACUAUGAUAUGGUCCACUUUCCUCCCUCUCAGGUGGCUAGCGCAGCUUAUGCCCUCACUCUGAAGGUCUUCAACUGUGGUGACUGGACCCCUACUCUUCAGCAUUAUAUGGGCUACACUGAGGAUUCACUGGUUCCUGUGAUGCAGCAUAUUGCCAGAAAUGUUGUGAGAGUCAAUGAGGGGCUUUCAAAGCAUCUGGCUGUGAAGAACAAGUACUCCAGUCAAAAGCAGAUGAGAAUUGCUUCAAUUUCUCAGCUUAAGUCAUCCUUGAUCAAGGACCUGGCCAAGCAAAUCUCGUAGUGUGGGAUUGUUAAAGAGACUUGAGCACUGUGUGCUGUUUUGUAAAAACUGUAAUUUAUGCAUGAUUUUACUAUUGCAAUUUUUAUUGUUUGAGUUUUUACAGAUUUUUUUUUUUUCACCUGUACUGCCAUGUCCUGAAUUAAGGUGAUAAGUGUUUAUGCAACCCUGUACAUUCUGAUUUCAAAUAAACAUUUUACCAUUUUAAGGGUUAA